AAAAAUGAAAAACUUAGAGUCAAACUACAAUAUCGAAACCCUCAGUAUCCCUACUGACACAGUCAACCAAGAUGUGAUUGAUCGUGCCCAAAGAAGUUCACUAAAGACCAUGGCCACCAAAUGCCAUAGACGUUCCUUGAGUCCAGCAUUUUUAGGAAAGUCACUUAGUGUCAAAAGAAAGGAAUCUAGGAAUUCUCAUGCCAAGAAUUAUACUUUGGGAGAGGACUUAAAUGACAAGUCCUUCGAUUACUGAGCAACUCCAAGUACUGGCAUCCAGUCCAAGAUUGAUUACUUCAUUUUCCCUUAUAAUCAUAGAGUCAACUGUGCGAAGCACAUGACUUUUGAUCCUGAAAAAGCAAGUGAUAAGAGACACUCCAGCCAAGAAAGAACAAGUGGGUGGAAAAAUAUCCGGAAGAUGAUUCUGCAACAAGAUGUACGAUUCCUUCACCAUAAUCUGAAUAAUUUGAAUGAAGGACUAGUCAGAGCAACUCAGCCACCAAAAGAGAUAAGAGAGAUUUUCGCUUUUGGGAAGAAAAAGAAACAGCGAAAGCAAAAGAAAUCACCUGCUUCUAUUAUGAAAAAGAAGUCCUUAAUUUUAAACCAAUUCAAGUCAAGGAUACCCAAUUUUAGUAGACUUGGAACUAGUGACAUAAAUAGAAGCUUGGCAAUCUCCAAACAGCAAUUUUCGAGUUCUCACCAAAAUGGCAGAGAGAUUAAGAACAAAAAGUGGCUAGAUAGGAGGAAUAAGAAUCAUAACGAGUUCCAGAAAGUUUUUACUAACAAUGGGUAUUAUAAUAGCAAGCUGAGCCCGAAGCAAACUAUCCUCAACAGCUUACUGACAGAGCCUAUCAAAAUUUCAAAACCAAGUGAAGAGAUUGUUACUAAAGUAAAAGAAGAAAGGACUGAGUUCAGGAACAGAAAGCUUCGAAUCAACCCUGAAAAGAUCAAUAGAAAUUCUAUAUGCUCAACUAAAGCUAGUUUUAAUCUUCUGACGCCUGAAAUUGCAGGCGAUGCAAAAUUUUUUAAUACUUCCAUAACAGUUCCUUCAACGGCAAAAGGGAAGAGAAGGAAAUGAAAACUGAAGUCAAUAGCUUCAGAUAUCAAAAAAAAGCGAGGAAAUAUGAUUCUAAAUGUCUAUUCACCAGAACCCAAAGUCUUUCCAAAGCACGGAAAAAUUAAGGCGUUUCGAACCAAUGAUUUUUUUUACCAAACCAUUAUAUAAUCUUCAACCAAGG